GGCGGGGGCGCGGCCUAGCCGAAGCACCCGUGCGCGCGCGCGCGCUCGCUCUCCGCGGAACUCCCGCCGGCGGCCCGGCUCACGCGGAGGCGCGCCCGAACUGUCGCGGCCGCCGCCAACAUGGCCGAGACCAGCGAGGAGGUGGCGGUGCUGGUGCAGCGGGUGGUGAAGGACAUCACUAACGCCUUCAGAAGGAACCCACACAUAGAUGAAAUUGGCCUGAUCCCAUGUCCUGAAGCUAGGUAUAACCGGAGUCCCAUAGUCCUGGUUGAAAACAAACUGGGUGUGGAGAGCUGGUGUGUCAAGUUCCUUUUACCAUAUGUCCACAACAAGCUCCUUUUGUACAGAACAAGAAAGCAAUGGCUGAACAGAGAUGAAUUGAUAGAUGUCACAUGUACCCUGCUGCUUCUAAACCCAGACUUUACCACUGCAUGGAACGUGAGGAAAGAGCUGAUCCUCUCUGGCACUUUAAAUCCAAUUAAGGAUUUACAUCUGGGAAAACUCGCCUUAACCAAGUUUCCAAAGAGUCCAGAAACAUGGAUUCACAGGCGAUGGGUGCUACAACAGCUAAUUCAGGAAACCUCCUUGCCUUCCUUUGUGACCAAAGGAAACUUGGGAACAAUUCCCACAGAAAGGGCACAGCGACUCAUACAAGAAGAGAUGGAGGUCUGUGGUGAAGCAGCAGGGAGAUACCCAAGCAACUAUAAUGCUUGGUCCCAUCGCAUCUGGGUUUUACAGCACUUGGCCAAGCUAGAUGUCAAGAUUCUUCUUGAUGAACUAUCUUCUACUAAACAUUGGGCAUCUAUGCACGUUUCAGACCACAGUGGAUUUCACUACCGCCAGUUUUUGCUUAAGUCUUUGAUUAGCCAAACUGUGAUAGACAGUUCUGUGAUGGAGCAAAAUCCUUUGAGAAGUGAGCCAGCCCUAGUUCCUCCAAAAGAUGAAGAAGCAUCAGUUUCAGCAGAAGAACCAAGGAUUAAUCUUCCCCAUCUUCUAGAAGAAGAAGUUGAAUUCAGCACUGAUCUUAUUGAUUCCUACCCAGGACAUGAAACCCUUUGGUGUCAUAGGCGGCAUAUUUUCUACCUUCAGCAUCACUUAAAUGGUAGGUUUCCUCACAGCAUGACCCAGUUGUCACCUGCAGACAGCCCUGGGGGGACUUUGAGUGACUUGCACCUUAUCCCAGCAGGCUCCCAGCUGUCUCAAGCAAUGGAAGUAGAUGGACUGAAUGACUCUAGCAAGCAAGGCUAUUCCCAGGAAACCAAACGCCUGAAGCGGACGCCAGUUCCAGACUCCCUAGGCCUAGAAAUGGAGCACAGGUUCAUUGAUCAAGUAUUGUCCACCUGUCGGAACGUGGAGCAAGCCAGGUUUGCCAGUGCAUACAGGAAAUGGCUGGUUACUUUGAGUCAAUGAAAGAGGUGAAUUAGUCCUACAAGGUUCCCCUUUUAGUGCAAUAUUGCUUUCUUUUAAUAUUUACAUAGUUGCAUGAACUGUUUACUAUUAUUGGCUAACCCUAUGUUCUUCAUCUUUAGGUUGAAAGUCCACAGUAAAUCUUUCAUUUUAUUUAUUUUGUUAAUAACUGGCAUUCCUGUGGGGAUAAAAUAAUUGUAUAGUUCCUUCCUGCUGAACAGCGAGUCUUAAAUUUUCGUUUAACUUCUCACCCUUUGUAUUUCUAUAUGUGGGGCUUCUCAUUUGGUUUUCCUGAUUGGUUCACACACACACACCUCUACCCCCCUCAGUCCAAUUGCUGCAUAGGCAAAUUCUUUUAAAAAUUAAAAAUUUAAGGCCUAGGCAGGAGGAUUGCCUGAGCCCAGGACUUUGAGACCAACCUGGGCCACAUAGCAAGACCCCAUUUCUACAAAAAGUAAAACAAAAUAGCUAGGCAUGGUGCUAUGCAACUGUGUUCCUAGCUAUGCAGGAAGCUGAGGCAGAGGGAUUGCUUGAGCCCCAGGUGUUUGUGGCUGUAGUGAGCCACGAUUGCACCACCGUACUCAGCCUGGGCAAUAGAGUUGAGACCCUGUCUCUAAAACAAAUUGAAAAUAAACAUUUAUGUUGCAGUUCAACUGAAGAAUGUUGGUAUGAAUGCUGAAUAACUUGAUGUAAUUGUUUUGAGAAUCAAAUGGCUAGAUGGGCGAAUGUGUAAAAAUAUAAACUAGUUCUCUUUCUCUAGCAUGUUCUACCCAAUUACCAAAGUCAGAAGUAUUGGAAUUUAUAUGAAAAAAAUGCUUCCAAUGUAAUCCAUUUUUUAAAUGGUUAUUUAAAAAAAAAAACUAAGAGUUUAUGUAAUUGCAGUAAAGGAAAAUUAUUUUUAUUGCUAGUUUGGAUAGAUUAUUUUUACCUCAAAUUUGGUAUAUGCCAAAACACAUCAGUCCUUAUAAAAUUGAUUUUUUUUCCUGAAAACCUGGAAUGCCAUUUUUAGCUAUUAUUACUUUUUAAUUUCAAAUUCACUUAUGACAAAUGGGAGAAAUAUAUAAAGAAAUAGAUCCAUAAAAAUAUUCCUUUUUAAAAAUCUAAAUUAUUGAGGAUACACUAUGGAAACUAUAAAAUUAUCAUGAAGUGACUGUUAAAGUUUACUGGCAAAUGCCAAGGGAAGGAAUAGUAUGUGCAAAACAAAACACUUUGAUACUGAACUUAAUCAGGGAUGAGGUACCAAAGUAUCCACAUUAUAGCCGUAUCUUAUGUUUUCAAUAACAAGGGCUGAGUUUUUCAGGUAGGUGGGAUGAGGGUGGGGAAUGGGCCAUGUAAUGUCUGCUUUCUUAUAUUUGCCCUUUUGUAAAUGGUCUGUUUCUUCUUUUCAUAUACUUUGUUUUGCCAGUCCAUUACGUAUUUUUUGUCACUUUUGUGUGUCAUUUUUGUAUAUCUUUCCUUUCUUACUUCAGGGGUGUGUCUUCAAGAUUUCUACCCCCUAUUUGCAAUGAAUUUCAUACCUCAUCUAAAAUACAUUCAUAUACCAGAAAUAUGAAGAGUGGCCCUUCUAAAAGUUUCCCUAAUGAUGGAAGCUGUCAGUUGUCCUAUCUAUGCAGAAUGUGAGUAAUAGUGGCAGAAAUAAGUGUGACAGUGCUUUGCCUGUUGUUCUUUUUACUUGCUAGGUAAUUUGUAAAGUGGGGAUAAAGAUGUAGGGAAAGUAAACCUCUCUCUCACUGUUACGGAAAGCCUGGACUUCAGUUAUGUAGAUUGCCUUAAAGAAGAAGAAAUAUGUCCUUUUCUUUGGCAUCAUGGUUUUGUUGAGUGGCAGACUGUUGAAGUGAGUUGAGACUUAAGAACGCCAGAAAAGUUGUCUAGCCUGGCCCCAGUAGACAGAAUUUGUUCUUCUCUCAAGUCAAAAAUUACCUUUUUAUAGCUUUUAUAUUAUUUAGAUGAAAAAAUACCAUUAUGAACAUAAUUCCAUGGCCCUUUGUGUACAAAGCAUAUUUUGAAUCAAAUACCUCAAGGUCCACCUAGACCUCUAUGGAUAAAAUCAUAAGUUUAUGAUUUUUAGCUCCUGUGAGGGUUUGGGGGCAAACUACACAGAGAAGACAUGGGUGGUUCAGCCCAUUCCACUAAAAUAUGUUGCCAGAUUCUGGCCUAACUCAGUAUUACCUUUUUUCCUAAAAAUCAUUUUUCACAUUUUGAGUAAUAGGGCUUAUGCUUUGAUGUGAAAAAAUGUCAGGAAAUGAGUGUAGACAAUACCCUAUAAAACACUAGCUAAGUUUUAUAGUGCUCCAUGCCUUUGUGUACCUUCCACUGAUUAUCUUGCCCAUCUUUGGUGUAAACUACUCUCAUAUCUUCUAAGGCUCUUAACCCACUCUUUUCUGAAGCCGCACAGUCCUUUAAUAUGUCUUGUUUCCUUCCUAAAAGUUUAAAGUAGAGAGCAAAAAUACAAAUACCCAAAGGAUACUGUUAGUAUGUAACUUUUGUGUGCUGCUUUAUUUCUAGAGUUUGCAUUUUUUAAUUAUUCAUUCACAGAAAAUCCUAAUAUUGCCCUAUAUGGUUGGUUUUUUUCCUAAGUGGUUAAUAUUUAAACCCGCUAGCUGUAGCAUGAUAAUGUCUUUGACUGAGCUCAUGUAGUAGAAAGGUUGUGUCUGUUUUCUGGGACUUAUUAGUCUUCACUUAUUUUUCUAUAACAAUCUAACUGUUAGAAGGAAAAGAUGGCUUAUUGACACAUAUUUCAUUAAACUUUCACUGGAAGAACAGUGGGUCAUCGUACCAUACUGUGGAUUAAGAAUACUACUGACAAGCAAAAAGCAUUAAGCUCUGUAACUGUCUCCAACACCACCUUCACCCCGCCUUUAGUGUACCUUAGUGUACUUUAGUGUACCUAUUUUGGCAGUACGGUGUUUUCCAGAUUGUAUUUGUGCCCUGCACAUUGUGAGGACUCAUUAAAUAUUUAUUAAAUUAAUGAAUGACUAACAAGAAGAGAAAGAUUGUUUGUGAGUGAUAAGAAUGAGUGAUGAUUGAGAAAUUGAUGGAUUAGUGCAAUGGAUUGGGAAUGAAUGAUGCUUUCUAGUUUCAUAAUACUUGGGAAGAGCUAUUGCAUAUAGAAUAAGUUGAUUUAGACUUUUUUUUUCUUCAUUUCAUUACCUUGUUUAAACUUGUUAAAUCCCAGCCAAGAAAUGCAGCUCUGUAAUUGUCAAUUAACUGUAUUAUAAUAUAUAUUAAAAAUUUGUAGAGCUAAAGAACCCACUUGCAUUAAGAACACCACUUUCUGUUCAUUUGUGAUACUAGAGGACAGAUCCUGCAUACAGAGCCGGAACUGCUUUUAAUCAUCUGAAGAAAUUCUUUGAUUUCAGUGACUUACUGAUCUGUACCUGUGCACGUAUCAUCAUUUUAUGCUUCUCCUUUUUUCCCCGCAACUUGAACUGUGACUCUUUCAGAUAUUUCUUAAAUCUGUGUGAGUCAUUUUUUAAGCUUAGGGAUUUGAUAUGUAUUAAUGUCCCCUUUGUCUUCUCUAGAUUUUAGCAUUUUAUUACCUCUUAAGAAACUCUGGGCCCAGACUUUCAGUCAUAUUUCUUGUUCCUAUGGUACAGUUCUCACUUAAAGGCUUAAUUAUUAGUAGGGUUAAAUAUAUACAGGUUAUCUCUAAAAGUACUUAAAUUUUUAAAUAAGGGCUUAUGUGAUACAAGAUAUGGAAACAAAAGUUUUUGGAUUUUUAUGCAGUAGUUUGCAGGAAAGCAAAUACAUAGUAGAUCGUAUGCCACUUAGGUAUGUUCAGGUCAUGCCAGUUUAUUCUUGUUGGGCCACACACACAUGUAUGUGUGUGUGAAAGGAAUUUUUAGUAUUGAAGCAAACAAAUUGUCAGUUUAAUAAUUUUCUUUUACAUAGCACAAGAUGGCAGAUACCACCUACUGUACAACAAUCUAAUAAUCCCUACCUUAGUUCCCCUGAGUUAUAGAAGAUGCUAAAGAUUUAGUUGUAAAGGGAAGUAACAUGAUUUUUUUUUUCUAAAAAGCUGUUUUAAGCUAACUAUUAUUUUGCUACUGGAAAAUUAUAUUUUAAAACUUACAGAUAUUUAAAGUAUGCUAGAAAAUUUGAACCUGAUAACAACUGAACCUUUUGUCUUGAAUACAUUUCUCAAGUAGAACUGUGCAAACCCUAGCACUUUAUGUGUUGCUGCCUCCCCAUACCUAGAUAUGCUCUGUAAUAAGCUCCCAUUUAAUGGAGAGAUGUGUGGAGGCACUGGGAAGUUAAGAAAAGUCAACCCCAAGAAUUCCUUAUUGUCACAUAGUGUCUUUUAGAAAAUAACUGUAGAGACUGUGUUAAUUCGAGUGCCUUCCUUACUUUUUUGGGAGCAAGAUUAUAUUUAAUGUUUAAGAAAACAGGAUGGAAGUUUUAUCAAACAGUUGAUUGUGGCCCAUUGUUUUAUUUAUUCCCAUCGCUAGGCAUGGCCCCGUAGGGUAUUUUAUCCUUCAGUGAGAGACUGAUAUAAGCAGGCAGGAUGCUUUUAGAUUAUUCCAUUAGUUAUCAUUUUAAGCACCCUACCAAGAUUUAGUUCUUUCUUUCUGGCAACUAACGUUUUGGGGGUUGGAGGCAUCCCAUUUAGAGGAUGGUGUAUGCACAAAUAGAUUAGCCUGAAACCUGCGUCCAAAGGGAAACAGUGGCACUCUGCCCUAAAAUAAAGGCCAGAACGUUGUCCUAAAUGAAUCCUUUGCCUUACUUUAGGACCUUCCUUCCCUCUCAAAUUCAGGCAUAAUGUAAUAUAGUUGAAAGGGGGAAAACAGUACGUGCUUUCUCUCAGAUGUUGGAGGGAAAGAAGUAAAUGCGUAGAUGAAAUUUUAAAUGUAUCAUUUUAUCUGUUUGUAUAUGGAGAAGGGAGGGAUAGGAAUUCCAUAUUUCAAGAUAGCAAAUAUAAUUUCAUAGAAAUAUAUAGCUAAAGAUUCCAAAGUGCUUUUACAGAGAACUGUUGAAUAAUAUAUUCCUAAAGGGCAGCAAUAUGCCAUGUUCAUGGUGAAGACAGAAAACCAAUGAAUCAGUUGUGGAUCUCAGGUGGGAGAGGAAACCUCAGGCUCCCAACUUUGACUUCUCUGCUCUCACCAGGCCAUGUUAACACUGUAAAACCAAACUCUUUGCUAAGAACAAUACAGGGCAGUAGUUUAGUCUGCUGAUGAAACCUUGUGCUUCCAAGAAUAUUAGCUAUAUAUAAUUUGUGCUUUCUGGAUGAUUGUAUUGUCCAGAAAGCUAACCCUGACGUUACUUUUAUUAGUCUGUUGUUAUUCCUCAGGGUGUAGAAGAUUUAGUAAAUUUAGGACAAAUUUUAUAUUCAGUGGCAAAAAGAAAAGGCAAAAAUAUGCUAAAUAUAUUAUUAGCUCUUAAAUUUUAGUAUAGAUCGUAUUUUUUAUAAACUAUUACCGGUACAGUAGCUAGUAGAUAUUCUGUGACUGCCUCAUUGUUUAUCUUGCUGCUUUGGUCCCUAUGGCUCUAGUAUGAACAUUCUCGUGUCUUCUGUGGAAAUGAUUUCUGUGUUAUAGUUCCAUCUUUGGUAGAGGUGGGGAUGAUUGUAUUUUGUUUUAGUUGACAUCAUUCUCAACUUUUAGAAAUACUGUUGAGGAAAAUGAUUACCGUUGGUUUUCAAAUUGACAACUAUUUUGCUUCCAAAGACUUCAAUUUCCCUUUGUUUUAUGUGUAGACCUCAUAUAUGUUCAACACAUUGCAUACUGCCUUGCACAUAGUAGGAAUUCAACAAGUCAGAGUUGAUAAAAGCUAGAAAGAUAAAACUAGCUUAGCUAUCAUAUCAUCAUUGUCCAUAUUCUUAGCUUUGGGAAAAAUAUACCAUUUUGCAUAAAAUACAUAAUCAGUUUCAAAUGCAUAAGGCAAAGAUAUACAGUUGCACAACGUUGCAAGUGAAAUUUACAAAGGAUUUUUUAUUUUUGUGUAUGCUAAAAGUCCUCCUACUUAAAGCAGUUUUCUUUAUUAGACCAACACCUUCCAGCAAAGUUAGAAACCUAACACAAGUGCUCAUUUGCCCAAAUUAACCAGAUAGUUAUGUAAACUGUUCAUAUUAAGUCUUUAGUGGUUUACAAACAGUAACAUUCUGGCUUUUCUUCCAUACCUUUAAGGAAUCAGCCUUAAUUUUACGUAUGGCAGUCACUUUCCUCAAGGUACUAUGCAGCAUACUUUAGAUUGCUUAUUUAUCAUUAUAAGGUGAUAGGUAAUAAAUUUGAGGUUUACUUGUCAUAUAAUUUCAUAUGGCAGAUAUUGAUUCAAAGAGCAUUCUAUUAGAAAAAGUUGAUAAGUUAUCCUCCCUUACAAAUAUCAUCUUGCAUUUGGAGCAGGUAUUUUUUUCUUAUUAGUUAAAGACUGGGUACAGUUAUAGUAGAUACUCAAUAAAUGCUUAGUCAGUGAUUGAUCUAACAACAAACUAACAGCUUUCAGAAAGGAGACUGUUGACAUCUUUUCACCAAGGAGUAUAUUUGUAGAGUAAUAUAUGUGUGGAAUUUUGAAAUUAUAUCAUUUGACAUGAUUUAUGAGGCUUAUUUAGGCUGGAGUUAGUAACAUGUAAUAGAAGUAUUAUUUAUACAGAACAUAGUUGAAAGAUAGGAGACGUGAAAGAUUAAGUAGUAUUUUCUUGUGCAAGGCAUAUUAAUAAAUGUAAUUAAAUGUCUUAAUAAGCAGCUGGCUGAACUCUAGAGAGAACUGCUGUAGUCUUCUGCAAUCAGUCUCUGUAUUGGUAUAUCCAGUACUAUCGGGUUUAGGUUCUUUUUAUUUUUCCUUAAAUCUUACUUGUUUCUAGCAUCUUAAGAGUGGUAAUGGUAAAAUGUGAAGUUACAAUAAACUUCUGCUUGUUUUCUCAGAACAUCUUUGGCAUGAGGAAGAACUUUUUGUGAAUGAUACAGUAGUCUCAGCGUCUGUUAAUUUGUGGUUUUCAAAGCAUUUUUGACAGAGUUUACCUAAUGUAAAAAGAUUAAACAGUUUUGUAAAACACAAAUAAACAUUCCUACCUGAACUGUGAGGAACAGAGUGUAUAGUACAAAUGUAAUUAGGCAUUGCCUCCUGGCGAGGUUCUUGAUGCAUGACUAUGAUGCUGGCUGCUGACUGAGGUGACCACUGUCAGUAUUGUAUUUUGGCAUAUGUUGUUUUUAGGAAAAUAAUGGAAUGCAUUCUUAGAUUAACUUACUGUUUUUGAGUUGGAAAAAAUAAAAGAUGAGGUAUUAUAAGUAUGCCAAAUAUUUAUACACUACAAAAGAUUAAAAAAGGAGAGGGAGAAAAAAAAUCAAAGGCCAGUUAUGAUUUUAAUAGCGUCUAAUUUUUUUUUUGACUCGAAUUUUUUGGACACUAGUCAAUUGCAUAAUUUAACAUGGAGGAGCUUUCAUUUAAAAGAAGUUCUCAGCUACUAUAUUCUGCCAUUAGAAUUCACCAUGCCUGUUAAUUUUACAUUGCUUGAAGAUAUAAGUAAGCUGCCGUCAAUAUUGUUUUAAGAUUUUCUUAUAGUUUAUGUUUAAAUGGAAAAGUUACAUAUAUAAUCUAUGGUGCAGGGUCAGGUGUUGGCCAUUAAAGAUAAGUUUGGCUAACUAUUUUACUGAAGAGACUAAUGGUCUUCCCUCUGUUGUACUGCUAUGUUUCUUGAUCUAUUUUUCCCCAGUGUAACAGUCUACAUUGAAGUCCUUUAGCUCUCUCCAUAUACUAAUUGACAUUUGUUAAGGAUUCAAUAUUUUGUGAAUUCUUUUUACCCUUAAAAUGCAUAUCUUUCAGAGAGAUAAGAAUGAAUUUUGCAAUAAUUUAUAUGCAGAGUGUGCUUAUGGGUUUCUGGGAGUUCAAGUUAGUACCCCAGAGUGCUUAAAAGUAUGAUGCUAAAUUCUAAGGCUAAUGUAAUGACUGUAGAUUAUCUAUAUCCACAUUGUUCAAUAGAAAUAUAAAGUGAACCACAACAUAAUUUUUAAUUUUCUAGUAGCCAUAUUAAAAAAGAAACAAGCAAAAUUAAUUUUAAUAACAGUUUAUGUAACCCAGUAUAUUAAAAAUAUCAUUUCAACAUGUAAUCAAUAUAAAAGAUUAUUAAUGAAACACCUUAUCUUCUUUUUCUUCCAUACUAAGUCUUAGAUUUGAGUGUAUUUUGCACUCACAGCACAUCUCAAUUCUGACUGGCCACAUUUUAAGUGCUCAAUAGUCACAUAUGGCUAAGGGCUACUAUACUGGACAGUACAGAUUCAUAGAGUACAAAGUAUGACUUUAUUUUAACUUUGGAGAUGGUGAGGUAGGCAUGUAAUUAUGGUACUUUAAAAAUUCAGAAUAUUUAGAAAAGCAUCUAAUAGAAUUAUCCACUUGUUUUCCUUCAUCUUCAUUUUAAUAUGUUCUAGAAGUAGGAUCAGCCUGUUCCAAUUUGCCAAGCAUUAUUAAGGAGGAAUAAUUCCAUACCGUGUAAAAUACCAUGAUAUGCUGAUUAUAAUACAUUAACAAAUUUUUAAGUUGCGUUCACUAAAUUCUGUCCUGUUUCUUCAAAAUAAUAUAGCUUAAAUUGCAUGUUAAUUGUAUAUCUUACCUAUUUUGUUUUUAUAUUAUUCUUACAAUAUAAUCAUGUAUAUUAACAAACUACAGCCCUGGGAUUCUAAUCUUCCUCUGCAACUGUCUUCCAGGACUUACUGGCACUUAUUACACUGUGAUAAGUGGCAGAAAAGUAGAAUGAAAUAUUCUUUUUCCAUUAGAUUUGUUCUUAUGUGACCAUGUACCAAGCCAGCUAUAAAGUAUUGUAUUUCUGUAGAAUAUGGAAAAUAGUAUUUGUCUUACCUUUGCUAAAUGUUUGCAGUUUCUAAGUAAACCUUUUAUCUCCUAAAA